AUGGGGCCAGUCCCUCGACCGAGAGAUGUGAAGGAGCCGCAACUUGGUUGUCUCCGGAUGGAGGGGCCUUUACCCUUGCUGGGCCUAGGCUGGAUUGGUGCACUGUGUGGUGAGAGGGCAUUGACUGGUUUGGCUGGGUACCCUCAGCGUGCGGUAGUCAUGCUCGAGCUCAACGUUCUUGGCAUGAAGAUGGUCAUAUUUCUCGGACAUCUUGGUGACACUGGGCGCGAAGGCUUUCCAGCUCUGCCUGGAGAUUGGCAUCUGCUGAAGGUUUCCUCCUCUGGAGGUACCCCCGUGGAGGGUAUGGUGCUAGUCCCGUGGCUAUCCUCGGUAGGCAUAGCUGAGUGUGGAGUAAAGAAGAGGCGACGUGCAGAUAGGAGAAGGAGCCAGCUGGGCUGGUAG